CGUCAAUAUGCGAGCCUCAUCCUCCCGCCUUCUUUUCGCCCACACCUUAGACAGUGGCUGAACACCUCGGAAUCUCAUAUACCAUUACAUUGAUUUCGGAUUCACACUCAGUUACUCGGAAUCGGAAGUCAGAACAGAAGCUCAUUGCUUGCUCCUUCUCUUCUUUCCACGAAAGUACGAAGUUUCUGGCCCAGAGACUUCCAUGUCGAUAACUUGAAAGCUGGAACGAAUUUCCAAAAUCACCCAAAUGGCGACCAUUUCCACGUGCUUCACUGUGAUACCAAGCUCUAGAUUCUACAGCCACUCUCAUAAUUUAUGUAAAGCUUCGUCUUUCGCUAAGCCCCCAAACCUGUUCCCACUCGUGCAAAAACCAAUCUUCUUGGGAUUUCCCAAAGGGUUGGAUUAUAGGGUUUUAGCGCCGGUUGCGAGAGCGAGUGUUGAUGUGGCCCCAGGGAUUAGACCGGGAGGCGUUGUGGAAAGUGAUAAAUUGCCGUCUGAUGUGAGAAAGCGAACGAUGGAUGCUGUGGAUUCGUGUGGAGGGAGGGUGACUAUUGGGGAUGUGGCAAGCAAGGCUGGGCUCAAGUUGAAUGAGGCCCAGAAGGCUCUUCAGGCUCUUGCUGCCGACACCAAUGGAUUCUUAGAGGUUUCUGAGGAAGGUGAUAUUUUGUAUGUGUUUCCAAAAGAUUAUCGGUCAAAGCUUGCAGCCAAGUCAUUUAAGAUUAAAGCUGAACCUUUUCUUGAAAAGGCAAAGGCCACUGGAGAAUACUUGAUAAGGGUUUCUUUUGGGACAGCACUUAUAGCGUCCAUUGUUCUUGUUUAUACUACAAUAAUUGCUCUGGUUUCUAGCAGAAGUGAUGAGGACAACCGUGGAAGGCGGGGAGGUAGAACAUAUGAUUCAGGAGUCACUUUCUACUUCAAUCCAGUAGACCUCUUCUGGUACUGGGAUCCGUAUUACUAUAGGAGACGAAGGAUACAAAAUGAUCAAGAAAAGAUGAACUUCCUUGAAUCGGUCUUUUCGUUUGUGUUUGGCGAUGGUGAUCCAAAUCAAGGAAUUGAAGAAGAGAGGUGGAAGUUGAUUGGCCAAUACAUAGCAUCUAAUGGUGGUGUGGUAGCAGCUGAAGAACUUGCACCAUACCUUGAUGUAGAGUCUACGAAGGAGCUUAAGGAAGAUGAGUCCUAUAUCUUACCUGUUCUUUUGCGAUUUGAAGGUCAGCCUGAAAUUGAUGAAGAGGGAAAUAUUCUAUAUAGGUUUCCAUCUCUGCAACGGACUGCUUCUUCACAGCGCAGUAGGCAGAAAGAAUAUAUGGGAAGAAAAUGGGCUGAGUGGGUUGGAGGCAUUGAAAAGUUUUUCAAAGAGAACAAAUGGCAAUUCAGUAAAACCAGUGCAUCAGAAAGGGCAAUGGUCAUAGGCCUGGGUGGUCUUAAUCUGUUUGGGGUUAUUAUUCUCGGAACCAUGUUGAAAGAAAUGACGGUUGCACCUAGUGGCUUCAUUAAAUUUGUAGCCGACAUGUAUCCUCUUCUUCAGAUUUAUGCUGGUUCUUUCUUUGCAAUUCCCCUGGUUAGAUGGUUCUUUAUUCACAAGUGGAAUGGUGACAUUGAAAAGAGAAACCAAGCUAGGCUGCAGUGUGCACGAGUACUUGAAUUGCCUGACAUUUCAUUGAGGAGGAAGCUUGUCAAUGCCCGGGACAUGGCCCAAAAGAAAGUCAUUGGACAGGAUCAAAUUUUGUACCGUACUGACAAAGACUUAGUUGAGCAAGAGUUUGAGGCUCGUGAUUGGGACAAAAGAUUUGGGGAUCUGGAGAGAUCUGAUUGAUCAGGGUCAACUUUUGUAUUGGCCAUGAGCACACGUUUCCGCCCGCUGCCUAUAUAUAAUCGUUUGCCUAGUUUGGAAGUAUUAUAUAUGUUUCUGGGGAAUUUGCAGUAGAGGCUCUACUGCUGCAACCAUUUAUGCCGAUGGCUAUUAAGAUAAGGCAAAGAUGCUCGCAGAAUCUGUAGAAUCCGAUGAGAAUGAACAAACGACAUGAACUUUUUCCAAAUUUUUUUUACGAAAAUUUCUGCAGGACGGACCAAUAAAUAUAUAUACCUUUGAGUAGGCGUGGCCUUUUCGUGGUAUCUUGUGAUCUUGCAGAGUAAGGUGUUAUUAAUGCUUCGAGCUUGAAUACAGUCAUUGUAUCAUCCGGCAAUGAGGCGUGAAAGUUCUCAUUAUAAAGGUGUUUUUUUUUUUUUAAGAAAAAUGGUGAAACAAACUUUGUUUUGUAUGCAUAGUUGCAUAUUUUCUUGGUAUGGGAUGGUUUUAUCAUUA